AAGCCAUCGAUGACGGGGUGGGGGGGGCGGCAGCAGGGGAGGCAGUGCUGUAGCCUGGGGGUGUGGCAUCACCACUAAAAAGCUGAGGUGCUCUGAGGUGCUGGGGCUGAGAGCGAAGGAGACCAGCAGAGAUAUGAGCAUCUCGGUCGCCAUCCAGGUCAAGGGCGGCCGCUCCACAUCCGGACCGGGGCACAGCACAGAGAUAACUGCAGACAAAGCUGCCCAGCCAGAGCUGGAGAAGGACCCUGCUCCUCUUGGCAUGGAGGCCGUAUCUCCGAGCUGCAGUGCAGCUGUUGUGUCCUGCAAGCAUGACCAACAGGACCUCAAUGAGCAGGAGAAGGAGCAGAAGGGGCAACCAGGUGGGGGUGCUGAGGAGCUGAUGGUGAGGGGUCGGGGCAGAAUGACAGACGAGUGUCUCCCCAGGAAGAGCGGCAGACACGGCCCUGACCGACGGUCAAUCCAAACAUCUCAUCAACAAGGCAGCUCCUCCAUCACGAAGCUGGCUUACAGCCCUCUCCAGCCUGGGAAGCAGACCCGUGGAGGCCUGGCAGAGCUUGAGUGCAGACAAGCAGAGAAACGCAAGGAGAUGAUGAAGCCGAAGAGUUUCUCAGCACCCUCACCCCGAGCCCUGGCCCAGCAACUGGAGAGCGAGAGCACAGGAGCUGCUGGUCCAGCUGUUGUCCGGAUCCAAAGACCUGGCCGUUCGCCUGGUUCUGGGACCAACAACAAAAAUGUCAAGCAGAUGCUGUUGGACUGGUGUCGGGCAAAGACCCAAAUGUAUGAGAAUGUCCACAUCCAGAACUUCUCCUCCAGCUGGGCUGACGGCCUGGCCUUCUGUGCCCUGGUGCAUAACUUCUUUCCCCAGGCCUUCGAUUACAACGCACUGGACCCCAGGCAGCGGCGGCACAAUUUCCACACAGCGUUCAGUGCAGCAGAGCAGCAGGCCAACGUCCCCCGUCUGCUGGAAGUGGAUGACUUGGUACGGAUGAAGGAGCCCGACUGGAAGUGUGUGUACACCUACAUCCAGGAGUUCUACAGGUGCCUCGUGGACAAGGGCCUUGUCAAAAUCAAGAAGCCAACCUGACCUAGGACUCGGAAUCCCACUGGCCUGGACAAACCGCUGGCUUUGCGUCUCAUCUCUACCUGUACAUAGAAAGCUGGUGGGGGUGUGAUGACAGUCAGCUACACCCCCACACACAAACACACAAAAUAAACACUCAUGCUCCCUUGGGCAUAAACACAAUCGAAUAAGCACCAUAUUAUAAACACAAACAGUAAUAAAUCCACAUACUGUCAUAUAAGUAAACACUGUAAUAAAUCCACACACUGUCCUAUAAGUAAACAUUGUAAUAAAUCCACACACUGUCCUAUAAGCAAACACUGUAAUAAAUCCACAAACUGUCCUAUAAGCAAACACUGUAAGAAAUCCACGCACUGUCCUUUAAGCAAACACUGUAAGAAAUCCACACACUGUCCUUUAAGCAAACACUCUAAGAAAUCCACACAUUAUCCUAUAAGCACACGCUGCGUAUAUUUUUUACUGUAUUGUUUUCCCUGCAGACUUAAGUCUUCUUUAUGCAUUUCUACCAAAUGUAUAUUAUGAAAAAAUAAAACAAU